UGUCGCCAUAUAAUGCUUGCCACGCGUCAAUAUAGUUCAGCUGCCGGGGCAGCCGCCGCGCGUGAGUGACACGCGGGAGGGAACGCAGUAACCAUCCAGGCCCCACUCCAGGAAUCAUGCAUUUCUUACUCAGAUUAAUCUUUUUCUUUUACAUGUGGGGCAUUUUUCCUGCUCAGGGACAAAAGAAAGAGGAGUUCACAGAGGAAGUGAAAAUAGAAGUUUUGCAUCGUCCAGAAAACUGUUCUAAAACAAGCAAGAAGGGAGACCUGCUAAAUGCUCAUUAUGACGGUUUCUUGGCUAAAGACGGCUCGAAAUUCUACUGCAGCCGGACACAAAAUGAAGGCCACCCCAAAUGGUUUGUUCUUGGUGUGGGGCAAGUCAUUAAAGGCCUAGACAUUGCCAUGAUGGAUAUGUGCCCUGGAGAGAAGCGGAAAGUGAUUAUACCCCCUUCAUUUGCAUAUGGAAAGGAGGGCUAUGAAGGCAAGAUUCCUCCUGAUGCAACAUUGAUCUUUGAGAUUGAACUUUACGCUGUGACCAAAGGACCAAGAAGCAUUGAGACAUUUAAACAGAUAGACACGGACAGUGACAGGCAACUGUCUAAAACCGAGAUAUAUCAUUACCUGAAAAAGGACUUUGAAAAAGAUGACCAGCCACGUGACAAGUCAUACCAGAACGCAGUUUUAGAGGACAUUUUUAAGAAGAAUGACCAUGAUGGUGAUGGCUUCAUUUCUCCCAAGGAAUACAAUGUAUACCAACAUGAUGAACUGUAGCAUAUGUUUAUUUCUCAAUUGCCUUAGCUACUUACUGUACUUUGUAUAUAAAACAAAGUCACUUUCUCCAAGGUGUGGUUUCUAUUUUUCCCUAUGAGACCAUAUUUUGAUCUCCUCCAUACAUGUAACUUUUGAAUAAAUGUGAGGCUAUUUUGCAAGUGUAGUAUUCAAGAAUGG